GGGAGCGAUCGCGGCCUGGGGCCUGGCCUGGCCGGGGCGUCGGCAGCGGCGGCCAUCUUGGCUCCCCGCGGAAAGGCAGUGCGAGGGGAAGAAGUUGUAGGGCGGGGGCGGGAGCGAGGAGGAGGAGGAGGAGGAGGAGAGGAGGAGGAGGAGGGCCGAGAGCGGAGGGGUGGAGGAGGAGGCCGCGGCGGGGCAGGGCGGGGACAGCCAGCCUGCCGGCCGGCCAGCCUGCUGGGCUUGCGGAAGUACUGGGCGACUGCUCACUCGCUCCUGCUCGGGCUUCCCACAGCUCCCUCCCUCCCUUCCUCCCUCCCUCCGGACCGAGGGCGGCCCGGGCCGGUGCAUGGUCAGCUAGCUCCCGUCUCUAGCUCCCCGGCCUCUCAGCAGCACGGAACGGACGGCGGCGGCGGGCGAGGAGGAAGAUGGCGGGACGGCUGCCGGCCUGUGUGGUGGACUGUGGCACGGGAUAUACAAAACUAGGAUAUGCUGGAAAUACAGAACCCCAGUUUAUCAUCCCAUCAUGUAUUGCCAUUAAAGAGUCUGCAAAAGUGGGUGAUCAAGCCCAGAGGAGGGUGAUGAAAGGCGUGGAUGACCUAGACUUCUUCAUUGGCGAUGAAGCAAUAGAAAAGCCCACAUAUGCAACGAAGUGGCCAAUUCGCCAUGGUAUAGUUGAAGACUGGGACUUAAUGGAAAGGUUUAUGGAGCAAGUGAUUUUUAAAUAUUUAAGGGCAGAACCUGAAGAUCAUUACUUUCUUUUGACUGAACCUCCACUGAAUACUCCAGAAAACAGGGAAUAUACUGCUGAAAUAAUGUUUGAGUCCUUCAAUGUUCCAGGCUUGUACAUUGCUGUGCAGGCUGUUCUUGCCUUAGCUGCAUCCUGGACCUCAAGACAAGUAGGAGAGCGGACGCUGACGGGUACAGUAAUAGACAGUGGAGACGGAGUCACUCAUGUCAUUCCUGUGGCUGAAGGAUAUGUUAUCGGCAGCUGUAUUAAACACAUUCCAAUCGCAGGAAGAGAUAUAACAUAUUUUAUUCAGCAACUGCUGCGAGACCGAGAAGUAGGAAUCCCUCCUGAACAGUCCUUGGAAACUGCGAAAGCAGUGAAGGAACGCUACAGUUAUGUCUGCCCAGAUUUAGUAAAAGAGUUUAACAAGUAUGACACCGAUGGGUCAAAGUGGAUCAAACAGUACACCGGAGUCAACGCCAUCUCAAAGAAAGAGUUUUCCAUUGAUGUUGGCUAUGAGCGAUUCCUGGGACCCGAGAUCUUUUUCCAUCCAGAGUUUGCUAAUCCAGAUUUUACACAACCUAUCUCAGAAGUUGUAGAUGAAGUCAUUCAGAAUUGCCCCAUUGAUGUCCGACGUCCUCUCUACAAGAAUAUUGUCCUCUCUGGUGGUUCAACCAUGUUCAGGGACUUUGGACGUCGUUUGCAAAGAGAUUUGAAGAGAACUGUAGAUGCCAGGCUGAAGUUAAGCGAGGAGCUGAGUGGUGGUAGAUUGAAGCCCAAGCCUAUUGAUGUACAAGUUAUUACACACCAUAUGCAGCGGUAUGCAGUCUGGUUUGGAGGGUCAAUGCUGGCUUCCACGCCUGAGUUCUACCAAGUAUGCCACACCAAAAAGGAUUAUGAAGAAAUUGGACCUAGCAUUUGUCGUCACAAUCCAGUGUUUGGAGUCAUGUCCUAAAGUUGACUUCUUGUNUAUUGGGGUUAGGGAGAUGGAAACGAGAUAAUCUUUCUGAUGACCUGUUUUUGUCUGAAUGGAUGGUUCUGAGGUUUUUAACCAAACAUGAUCAUACAGGAAUAUUUAAUGAGUGUGUCAACAUGCAAAUGUAGAAGAGAGCCAAGACGAUUGUUUUCCUUUAGGUUGAAUAUUUGAAUCUUAUGUGUAUCAAAAAAGAAAUGGGUUUUAGUUCUUUCUGUGCCCUGAUAUUUUGUAUAUUAUUGACUUACCCAAUGUGCUGGGCUCUGUGGGUGUGUAGAGAGCUCUGUAAUGCCUGAUUGGGCACUGCCGAGUGGGUAGUGCUGGAGCUUGUUUAUAUUUCAUACUUUUUUAUACUUUGAGGAAAAAAAGUCAAAGAAAAACUGUAGUAUUGGAGGGAAACAAUAUGACCAAGGAAAAGAUGAAUUCAACAAGCAGCCUCAUGGGACUUGGCGCACACUCUGGGGUUCCAGUUAUCUCGAGCUGCUCCACCCCUCCCCAGCCCAACGGUUCUCUCUGCAAACGCUUGGAUCUAAGAAGCUAGUCUCCUGGGUUAGCUGAUGCCUGCCCUGCUUUCUGGUUACUUACAUUCUGUUUCUUGCUUUAAAAGAAAGACAAGACUGUUGGACCAGUAUUGCAAUUCUGUAGAGUCGUUUCUUAUUAAAACAAUAAUGUGAUUACCAAAAUUGGCAUAUUUAAGGCCUAAUGCCAUUCUAAUAAAGGCAAAAAUUUCUUUUUACUACUUGUUUCAGGCUCUGAUCUCUUUAUAAGUUAACUAAUACGUCUAUUUUCUUCAAAUUCUGCAGUAGCUCUUUAAAAGCACAGCGGUUGGGUAGCAAGCUGACUUUUUUAUGUGCUCUGUACAAAUAAUUGUGAACUUUUAAUAUGUUGAGUGCUUUCAUUUUGAUAACUGGAUCNCCAUUUGAUAUUUCAUUUGUAUAACUCAUUUGCAGUCUGAAUUUUUUUUAGUGCCAGUCCCUGACAUAUCAUGAAAAGUUGGUUUUCUUUGCAUUUUCAAAUAUCUGGAUCAUGAAGAAAAAGUGAUGACAAUAAAUUAAAAUUGAAUUACACUU